UAGCCGAGUAGGUUAUAAAACCAGGCAAAAGCCGCAUAGUAGAAUCAAAAUAGCUCAAGAUGGGAGAAGAAGUUGAGACAGCAUCUCCAGAGAUAAUAAUACCAGCUGAAUGGACACAAGCUGCAGAAUCAAUUGCUCAUGAUCAUUCACUACCUUCUCCUCCUAUUGCCUUGAUUUGUGGCCCUAAAAACAGUGGCAAAACUACAUUCUCUCGUAUACUUCUCAAUACUCUCUUGCAGAACAAAAGGUAUGAUAAGGUAGCUUAUUUGGAUACUGAUGUAGGGCAACCAGAGUUUACUCCUCCUGGUUGUCUAGCACUUACUAUCAUUGAGAAGCAAACACCAGAUUUGACAAUCCCAUGUCUUAAAACGCCAGAGAGGUCAAUUUUCUAUGGCGAUACUUCUUCAAAAAGGGAUCCCAGAACCUAUUUGAACAAUGUCUUCUCUCUGUAUGAUUACUUCCGGAAGGAGUUCUAUGCACCCAAAGAGGGUCAAAAGAGAGCGAAACCUGAGGUGCCUCUUGUCAUCAAUACACCUGGAUGGGUGAAAGGAAAUGGUUAUGAUGCGUUGGUGGAGAUGUUGAGAUACAUUGCUCCCACUCAUAUGGUUCAAGUACGCAUAUCUACUGAGAGUAAGAACCUCCCAGCUGGAGCAUUUUGGUUAGAGGAGGAUCAAGAACUCUCAGUUAGUCUAAUUGAAAUUGCUUCAGCGCGCCGAGACGCCUAUAAUAGAUCAGGGACAAUACGAAAGGAUGCAUCGCUGAUAAGGGACCUAAAGAUCUUUGCUUACUUUAGGCAAUGCUUUCCAAGUGAUUUCAGUGUUGACACAUUCAAGGAACUUGCUCAGGCCUUGACUGCUCAUCGUCCUUAUGUGGUGCCUAUAUCGAAAAUCAAAGUCAAACAUCUGCAUUGCCAGGUGCCAAGCAGUGAAAUCUUCCAUGCUUUGAAUGGAAGUAUUGUCGGCCUGGCAGUUAGUUCUGCAAAAUCUUCUGACUCUGAACAUGAGACCCCUUGGUGCGUUGGUCUUGGUAUUGUGAGAGGCAUUGACGUCUCAAAAGAUAUAUUCUAUGUUCUUACACCUGUUCCACUGAGCAUUCUGGAGAAAGUAGAUCUCUUUCUGCAGGGACUUCUACAGAUCCCUACUCGUCUAUUACAGGUUUCAGGAUGCUUAUCGCCUUACAUGUCCACAAAUGUACUGCUUCAAUCAUGAGACCUGCAGCGGUUGAGUUUCCGCUUACAAAAGUAUAGUAUCUGAGCUUGUUUCAUUUGUGCAGUUAUGCUCCAUGGAUACUUCAACUGACUGCUUGUAAGAGAUAAUAUCGGGCAACAAAAGUUUUCAUGUAAGACACAAACCAUAGAUUAACCAGUAUAAUGUAGUUUUCUUGCUGCCCAAAAUUUUGUGUGUGCCGAGUAUUCCUAUUUCCAGACAGUCCUUUUGGCAUUGUAUUUUGUGUUCAUGGAGAAUGUUUAAAAUCAGAAAAGGGGUAGCAAAGUAUUUAUCUUGAUGUUGUUUUUAGUCAAUGUUUACAGUUGCGGUCUUUCCUCUUUAAACAGCUAAAUUCUUCCA